GAUGUUCUUAUUGAUUUUGUUUUCAACGACUGUUAUUAGCCAUAGAGUUGAUGAUAGUGAUAUCACAUUGAAAGAAGAUUUUGAGUUGGAAAAACACCUAAAACUUAUUAAUAAACCUCCUAUCAAGAGUAUUCAUACAGAAUUUGGAUAUAUAGUUGAUUGUGUUGAUAUUAAAAAACAACCUGCAUUUGAUCAUCCUUUAUUAAAGAAUCAUAAAUUACAGACACGACCAAGUUUUUACUCAAAAAUAGAAGAUAGAGGUGUGAAUAUUUCAUCAACUAAAACAAGCUUUGAACUUAAUAAAGUCAAUUGUCCUAAAGGAUUUGUUCCGAUUCGGAGAACAACAAAAGAAGAUCUCAAACGUACUAAAUCUUUUUUGAAUUAUAAUAUUUUAGCUACAGCUACUACUCACAAAGCGGAAGUAUUUCUCAAGUAUAUUACUGGUGAUAAUUAUUAUGGAAUAAUGGGGACUACUAGUGUUUAUAAUCCAAGGUGUAGUAUUGCCCAAGCUAGCUCAUCUAAUAUAUAUGUUCGAAAUGGAGAAGGAGGCACUUUUAAUCAAAUUCUUGUUGGAUGGCAUGUGAGUUUAAAUUUAUUAUAAUAUAAUAACAAUAAGUUAUUUCCAUUAAUCAAUAUUAUUUUUGUUAUAAAGAAGACUACUAAUUUCUCAUACAAAUUUCUGUUAAGUAUUUCCCCACGUAUACGGUGAUGAUCGGACAUAUGCUUUCGCAGCAUGGACAUCAGAUGGUUUUGUGAGAACGGGAUGCUACAAUUUACAAUGUCGAGGUUUUGUUCAAAUCCACAGUCAAUAUCACAUUGGUGCAGUUGUGUCAAAAACAUCUGUAUAUGGUGGAGAUAUGGUAGAGAUGCC